GUUUUAUGAAACGGGAAACACACAAACUUUUGCAUUAAUAAAACAGAGUACAGCGGAUCAUGUUUCUUUUGUAAAUCAUGCAAAAAUUGCCCAUCUUAAGUUGUGUAGCGCACGUUUCGGGUCCUGUGCCCUCGAAACAAUGCAAAUUCAGCGUCACAAAAGUCACACAAUAAUAAUAAUAAUAAUAAUAACAUGCAUGUAACUCGAUGUAUCUGAACUCCUCCUGUUGUUGUAACCUGUUCUAAUAGCCUUAAGAACAGCCUAUUUAUGCAGUCUUUUUAAGACGUGGCCAGAGUCUUGUUACACGUUAAAACUUGUCUCCAAACAGGUGCCGGGGGACAAAAAAAGAAGACAAAAUGUACAGUAUAACACCGUGCUCUUCGCCUUACGGCUGUAUGAACUUGUAGAAGAAACGGCGAUUUAUGGUCAGGAACUUCGUGACGCUUCAGACACCAGGCAUCACGCAGCAUUUGAAGUCUCAAAAUGACUAGCGUGAAAAUAAAGUGACGUCACCGCCCUUCCCUGUGAUGGCAGGACUACAUCUCUCUUUAGCUCACCGGGCUGGGUCCCUGCUGAGUGACGCGGGAGUCCCGGGUUCGAGCCCCCGGCGGUGCGGGGCGGACCUCAUGCGGCCAGGGCGCCCACCUGAACCCCCGUUGCGUUACAAGAUUUCAAUAUCUGUCGAGGUUACCGCUCUGUUUCUAAGUAGCAGCUGAUCCUACACGGGGCUCGGAUGAAGUUGUAUCUGCUGUUUUGCGAUUCAAGUGAAGUUGAGUUUACUACCUCCAACUAUGAGCUUGCCAUUCGAGUUGAGUUGUUUUGCUAUUCAGAUUUCCUAAAGUAAACCAUUUGCACGAUCAAAAAUGAAUGUUAGUUUAUUUAUUUUAAAAAAAACGGUACUAGAUCGCUCAGCUGAUUUCCAUUAUCGACCUGGUCCGUCCACCCUGAGCUUUCCGCCGCCCUGCUUGUUUAUCCAGUAACCACCACUCCCACUUCCGUUGGGGAGUGGGUUGAUCACCCCGCAGAGACCCUCGGCAUUUUGGUUUCUCCUGCUUGUGAGGGUGAGACGUCGGGAGAUUUUCCUCCCCGACUUGACCGAGACGCAACUUUUUCUGCCCAGUCCAUCGUCUUUCGGCACCGGCCGGCGCUCUCCAUCCCUCUCCGCUUUCCUUCCCUGCAGCGGGCAGCUCUUUCCAGCCAUGUUCGAGGAGGCGGUGAGGGCUUUCACCAUCAGCUACGACGUGCUGAACGAGGCCAACACCUUCUGGGGCGGCGAGCUGCUGACCGGCCGGGUGGUGGUGGAGGCGGCCAACGAGCUGCGGGCCGAGUCGCUGGACCUGAGCGUCAGGGGCGUGGGCGAGACGCGCUGGUCCGAGAAGGACGGCGACGAAACCCUGCACUACAGCGCGUCGGCGACGUACUUCAAAGUGAAGCAGCUCUUGAUACAGAAGACGCCAGAUGGAGUUGUCAUCCCCCCUGGAUGUCAUGUGUAUCAGUUUGCUCUUCAGAUUCCUCAAAUGGAUUUGCCGUCGUCCUUCGCUGGGGCUCAUGGGAAGGUCAGGUACUUCCUGAAGGCGAAGCUGCACAGACCGUGGCAUCUGGCGAGCCGAGCUGAGAAGGAGUUCACCGUGGUCAGGCACAUCGACAUCAACUUGCCUGACCUCCUGUCGCAGCAGCUGGGAUCGAAAGAGAAGACUCUGGGUUGCCUGUGCUGUACCUCGGGCCCCAUCAUCCUGAAUGCCAGGAUUGAGAGGAAGGGCUACACCCCAGGAGACUUCAUCAGAGUCUUCACAGAGGUCGAGAACGGGUCUUCGCGCGAGGUCAGGCCGAAGGUGGCCCUUCAGCAGCUGCAGACCUUCCACGCCCAGGGGAAGACGAAGUGCGUCCCCAAGCGCAUCGCCAGUCUGGAGGGGCCGCCCGUGGGCGGCAGGAGGAGAGACGCGUGGAGCGGAGGAGUCCUCCACAUUCCUCCGGACACGCCCAUCUCGCUCCUGAACUGCGCCCUGAUGAGCGUGGAGUACAGCGUGGUGGUUUACGUGGAUAUUCCUCGUGCUUUCGACAUCGAAGUGACUUUCCCGGUGGUCAUCGGGACUAUUCCCUUGCACAACCCCGUCUACUACGGGCGGCCCACGAAACAAAGACGGAAUCUGCGGGAGUCCCGCCCGAGCUACCUAGCGGAUGAGCCACACGUUCGCAGGGCGAAGGGGCUGAAGGUGUGGGUCCUGCCUGGGGGGGGGGCAGUAGGGGAGCAGCUGUGGCCGAUCCGGAGGGUUCUGCACCCCCGAAUCCACCAGGCUCGGCCAGGCGCGAGCCGCCGGCGCGGGGCGCGCACGCGGGCUGGCCGGGCGGCUCGCGAUCAGCUGUUCCAGUCAGCUGGCGCGGGGCCAGGUGUCAGCGGAGCCACGCCCCCUCGCUCGCGGGAGGCGGAAGGAGCUGGGAAGGAGGGAUGGGAGGGGGAGCGCGGCGCAUGCGCGGUGGGGUUGUUUUUCACCAAAUCCUCGCUUUUAAGUGAGGGGAACCGGAGCAGCAGCUCGUCUUUGUACAGAGACCACGGAGAGGAGGAGUUUGGUCGUGGCUGUCUGCUCAGACCUUAUUUUUUUUAUGUGUUCUUAACAAAAAAAACAAAACAAAAAAAAAAACCCGAAACCAUGGUGCUAGGCAAGGUGAAGAGUUUCACAGUCAGCUACGACUGCCUGAAUGACAGCGCCGUGGCCGUGUUCUCCAGCGGGGACUCGGUCUCGGGGAGAGUCGUCAUUGAAGUCACCGGGGAGAUCCGGGUCAAGUCCCUGAAAAUCCACGCGAAAGGAUUUGCAAAAGUUCGCUGGACCGAGUCGAGGAACGCCGGGUCCAACACGGCGUACACGCAGAACUACACCGAGGAAGUGGAGUACUUGAACCACAGGGACAUCCUGAUCGGACACGAGAGAGAUGAGGACAACUCUGAAGAAAGUCUCACCACUAUCCAUUCAGGAAGACACGAGUAUGCAUUCAGCCUUGAGCUUCCACAAACACCUCUGGCUACCUCCUUUGAGGGCAAGCACGGCAGCGUGCGCUACUGGGUGAAAGCCGAGCUGCACAGGCCGUGGCUGCUGCCCAUGAAAGUGAAGAAGGAGUUCACUGUCUUCGAGCACAUCGACAUCAACACUCCUUCUCUGCUGUCACCGCAGGCUGGCACGAAAGACAAGACUCUGUGUUGCUGGUUCUGUACCUCAGGCCCCAUUUCCUUAAGUGCCAAAAUUGAACGGAAGGGCUACACCCCAGGAGAAUCGAUUCAGAUCUUCGCCGAGAUCGAGAACUGCUCUUCCCGCAUGGUGGUGCCAAAGGCAGCCGUUUACCAAACCCAGACCUUCUAUGCCAAAGGGAAGAUGAAGGAGGUCAAGCAGCUGGUCGCCAACCUCCGAGGGGAGUCCCUGUCCUCGGGCAAGACGGAGACGUGGAAUGGGAAAAUGCUGAAAAUUCCGCCCGUCUCCCCCUCGAUCCUGGACUGCAGCAUCAUCCGAGUGGAGUACUCGCUGAUGGUGUACGUGGAUAUUCCCGGGGCCAUGAACCUGUUCCUGAAUCUGCCGCUGGUCAUCGGCACCAUCCCCCUGCACCCCUUCGGCAGCCGGACGUCCAGCGUCAGCAGCCAGUGCAGCAUGAACAUGAACUGGCUGGGCAUGGCGCUUCCUGAGCGGCCUGAAGCCCCCCCAAGCUAUGCAGAAAUCGUGACCGAGGAGCAGCGGCAGAGCAGCAUGGAGGUGGCCGCGCCGCGGGAUGAGUUCGAACGAGCCCUUGAAGGGCCGCUGCUGGCGUACAUCCAGGAGUUCCGGUUCCAGCCGCCGCCGCUGUACUGUGAGAUCGAUCCCAAUCCUGAUGAAGUCGAUAGCAAUGAACUGGGGAGGCCAGACAUGUGCCCAUCUCGCUGAAGGCGACUGGCCCGCCAGCCCCACUGCGUUUGGGUCGUAGUUUUGGUUUUGUUUUUUUUUAAAAGAAAAAAAAAGUGGCAUCCUAGCUCUGUGGUGGACAGAGGAAAAGGAGAUGAGUUCCGCUGACACGCAGAAGAAACUGUCGGGACGACCCUUCCUGCCUUGUGUCGGACGAAUUUUAUCCAACAUGUCAUCCGUGUAUUGAAGUCUACAGCCUAAAGACGCAAGACUUGUCUGCCUGCCUAGAAAACUGUGCUUUCUGUAAUGGUGGCACACAACGUGACUAUGUUGAGCAGACCAUGUAGACAAACAAACCAUCAUAACACGCUGUCUGUGGCAUUAAGCAGCGUUCAGCUUCAGAGGAGAGAAGUUAUGUCCUCUUGCCUCAUUCAGAAUUUUGCACAUGUUGCUCUUUGCUUUGUGUUGCGUGGUUCUAUUUCAAAUCACUAAUUUUUGUUUCCCUCCCGACGCUCAAGUGUGCUGGACUGGGAAACCCUGCAGGCUUUGCCCCCCAGACAUUUCCUUUAUCCGCACAACUACGAACAACGCAACCCGAGAGUACAAAAACUGAAGACGAACUGAACGGGGGAGGGAGGAAAAAAAAAUGCACUGACCUUGUUAAGUUGUUCUGUUUCGUUUGUGUUUCCUUGAAAAGAUGUAGUCUGAGCUGUACCUUGGCACUCCUGUUCCUCAGGCUCGACUCUGCCUGGCCUCUUCAGCCUGUAUCCAGUGGUGGCGUCGUUUUUUUUUUCUUCUCAUUUCAAACAUCAAAUGCCUUUAAGCCAAUAUUUGUGCUGGUUUCGUAGCCUCCAUAGUAGAACAGCCGCAGAUCAAGGAUAAAAACAGGAGACUGCAGGGUGCCUGCGAUCGAAAGGGUCGGACGUUUUUACUUUUGUUGCCUUUCUACUAUCAUCAUCGGAGCGGCGUUGUUACAUACUGCCUAAGACGCUCGAUCUCAGGUGAUCGUCUCACUUGCCAAACGGGUUAGGAGUGCGGUUGUGUGUCGUUUCAAGCCGCUCGGUGUCAAAGGGGAGAAAAAUAAAAGUGGAGAGAGGCAGGGCAGCUUUUUAAGACUUCUCACAUUCCCUUUUUUGUCCUGCUGCAUUUGCUUGGCUUAGUGUAGCCCUAGUCCAGUGUAGCCAAAAAGUGAAAGAUGGCAGGCGGGGACACUGGCAGGGACGCUCGAAGGGUCCAGUUAGCAGUAUGUGGAGCGGAUGCUUCUGAACCGCUCAUCAGUCAGGAGAGCCAACUGGACAGAUGCGGAUAAAAGCGUUUUUGAAACUUAAAAUUACAUUAAAAAAAAAAACGAUCCAAACGGAGAAAGGGGAAAUGUGUCUUGGCGUGUUCAGUAGAGCCUUAACUUAGAAUGCUUUUUUUAAAAUAAUGAAGGCGGACAACGGCAAAAACAAAGUUUGGUUACUCGUGAAAAGAACAACUGUAGAAGUUCUCAGUGAUGCACAAGUGUUGGAAGUGGUGAUUUUUUUUAAAAAAAAGUUUACAAACCUUAAUACCAAUUUUAUUAGCUGAGAACCGGCAGAGAAUUGUAAAUGGACUUUAAAAAGUGAUCUUAUUUGCGUGGCCUUGACAAAGAACUGACUUAAAACUAUUCCUUGUCAGAAAACAAGUAAUAUCAUUUGGAACCAAGCUUGUUAUUAAUGUUGUUGCUGAAUGUUCAUUUAAGACCUUAAUCACUGACUGGGACAAAAAGGGGAAACAUGAGUCCUUGAAAGCGGGAAGAAAAGAGAUGUCUGAUGGUCCCCAAAGAAGCUUUUUUUAAAAAAGAACUGGGGUAGUUGGCGACUUCAGGCAUUUGGUGUUUGUAUUCCAGUGAAACAACCCCAUCAUUUUUGUUUUUCAAGACUUAGGGAACAAGUGCUGUGUUGGUGCAGCGUCUUCAAGGGUGGAAAGAUCCGGUCAAAGUGGGACUGACUGUUCCUGUCAGGUGCUCGCUGAGUGCCGCCGGCUCUUUGCGGUUUUUGUACAUUUAUGUUGACGAGGGAGUUUUGACAUGUGGACGUAAAGCUAACUAAAAAAUUUAAAAACCCUACAAAUACUUUUAAUCAUGUUCCUUUUUUUUACUUUCCAUUUCUCGUUGGUCAAUCCCAGAAUGUUUAAGGUGGGGUUUCCAUUCUGUUCCAGUGGUUAAGCUAAUUCCCGAUGUCUAUAUUGGGAACUAAAAUGUCUGAGACGGUGGGGUGCAGGAUCCAAAAUGUUAGAAAAAAAAAGUGCAAUAUUACAUGUUUUUGUUUGAUAGAAUUUAUUUUGUGGCUGUUUGUACAGUUUCUCACUUUUUUAUAUUUUGUUUUCAUUUUUUUUUUAGUUUGGUGCUGUCAAUUGUAGAUUCUGUUAUGAGAGAUGAAUACUUGUUCUGAAUGAUUUUUUUUUCGUCUAGUUCUUCCUUGUGUAAAAUAAACAAGGCUUUUUGUUAAAGGGU